GCGUCUGCGCUUUCGGAGGAACUUUUCCUCUCUCAGUCCCGCCCCCCUUCAUGCUCUUUCAUCCGUUCGCCGUCCUCUCAUCCGUUCGCCGUUCUAUCGUCCGUUCGCCUUCCUCUCGUUCUGGAUCCGACCGAUCACGAGUGAAAGUGAAAGUGAGAGUGAGGGCAAGAGUGAGAAAUCGAGACCCCUAGAAAUUUCGACCUCCCCUUUCUCUUUUUCCCACCCUUCUCCCUAUCUCCAAACGUGCAUGACGUCGUCGACCUGCUUGCCCUCUCCAGUCUCUUGUUAAACAUGCACUCGCAUCUCGCAAAAUAGCCUUUGGAUGUUUCAGCCCCGGCUGUUGUGAUGUCCUGGCUGGUCCAUCAUGGUCAACCUCCUCUCCCCCAACUUCAAGCUCGAAGAGGUCACCCCGGAUGACAUGGUCAUUGCAUCGCUGGCCUGGGGCUUCACCCUCGGGUUCGGCUGGCUUACCGUGUGGACGGCCAUCAAGCAGACGACGGCCAUGUACCGACGGCAAGGCGACCGCAUCUACAAGAACGCCUACAUCUGGAUGAUUUGGCUCGAGAUCCUCGUGUGUACCAUCUUCAGCGUCAUUUGCUGGUUGCAUCUGAAGGGCAUCAUACCACCGAGCUUUGCUUUUUUCUUCAGCAUUUUGACGACAUGGGCUCUUCAGGUCCAAUUCCUACUCCAAAUUAUCAUCAACCGCUGCGCCAUCCUGCUCACGAACCAGAAGCGCGCAUGGCGGCUAAAGGUCGGCGUCGCCGUACUCAUCACAGCCAUCAACAUCUCGGUCUACAACAUCUGGAUCCCCGCGCGACUGCAGAUCUCGGAGCGCUACAUCGAGAUCAACGAGUGGUGGGACCGCUGCGAGAAGGUCAUCUAUCUCAUCGUCGACGGCGCGCUCAACAUCUACUUCGUCCGCAUCGUCCAGAAGAAUCUCGUCACCCACGGCCUCACAAAGUACAAGCGGCUGACGCGCUUCAACAUGUUCAUCAUUGGCUUCUCGCUGAGCAUGGACGUGCUCAUCAUCGCCAUGAUGAGCCUCAACAACACGUUUGUAUACAUGCAGUUUCACCCUCUGGCUUACAUGGUCAAGCUCAAGAUUGAGAUGUCAAUGGCCGAACUCAUUGGGAAAGUCGCCCGGAAACGUGACCUGGGCAUACUUUCGGCGGCAGACCUGAACAGGAACCGGGAUUCCUACCAACCGUCGGAGUACAGCGUGCAACUACCCAGCUAUGCCCAAGGACGACCCGCCGUCGGCGGCAUCGACGCGACUCUCCACUGCGCGAACUUGAACCCGAUCGAGCUCGACAGCGUGACGAACCCAAGAGUGCCGACUCUGCGAGGCGUCAACGUUGCGGCCGUCAGCUCGGGCCCCAGCAGCAGGAGGCCUUCGGUCACGGCGGCGACCACGUCCGAGGACGGGCAACCCAAGAUGGCCAUCUACAGGACACGAGAGGUAGUCGUUCAGAUCGAGAGGCUCCACGACCACCACCAUCACCAGCAGAUGAGCCAGAUUACACUGGACGACGACGAAGCGUACGAGGCGGCGAACCACGAGGACGACUCGUCGACCAGGGGCCUAAGCAACGCGCAAAAGUCCCUUGCCCUGCCGGACUACCAGGCCCCAUGGGCUGCGCAGGAGUUCAGCACCAAGAUCUGGGACGGCACCAACUGCGACGAGGACCCCGACCUGCCGACGUCGUCAGCGAAGGUCGGCGCGGAAAAGCAGGGAGACCACAACGCAUGAUACAGGGGGGGGCACAUUACAUCCAGGGUCAUAUCAUAAGCCUGAGGGGAAAAGCUGGACCCCGAGGACGGUCAGACCCCCCCCCCCCCCCCCCCCCCCCGGGACGAGCGAUACCGGCUGCAGCACGAGGUUCGGAUGGAACGACGAAGCCCCAGCCCCAGUCGACGCCACGCGUCAGUCCUCUCGCCCAUCGCCGAAUCUGUCGCCGAGGAGAAAACGAUUCGACUUGAGGGGGCUUACGCCACGUUACGCUAGUACGAUAGUACGCUACGACGUUUUUUUUUCCCUCGGAUACCUCGCCUCGAAAUUCUCGAUCGUCUGCCGCCUCACACGGGCCCGCAACGCUUGUACAGCAGCGUCUCAGAGCUGAGGCGACUAGACUGGAGUCUCACUGGGGGUCAGCACCAUCCAUCCGUCGUCGCCAACUCCCUGACGUUGACACAUUCUAUUGCUCAGACCUCGAUAUAGGGGUAUGUGGUCCCCCGUCCUGCACGAUUCUCUCAAUGUAUUGGGGCCCGACCCGGCGAUGACGUCUCGACCGUCU